AUGCAACGGUUUUCUGAAAUUGAAAUAGAAGAUCCUGCGAGCGAUAACGAUCUGCUCAAUCAAAGCUCGGCAGCCCGAGUGGGUGGUAUGGCUAACUCCACCUCUCAUAGUCAGCUAAAUCUUCACGAAUACGCUAGAGUCGGUUCUCAACAAUACCUAACACUUGACGAUGAUCUGAUCCUCAAGGUAUCCACCGAUUUCGAUUCAAAUACACAGUAUGACUCUUUUAAUGCCCAGCCAGGCUCAUCUCACAAUGCCUUCUUCCGCUUGAACAAGUCGCUCAAAGACGACGAUAAGAGGUACGCUUGGGGUUCAAGAAUGUGUUUAGCCAUCUCGAUAGUUUCUGCUGUGCUUGUUGUGGGCCUCGAGGGAUUUAUGUAUGGCGUCAUCAAUGUUCACAAAGAACAGUUUCACUCACAUGCAAGGUACUUGGAGAUGUCCAUUUUCCUUGCACUUUUUAUUUUUGCUGGUGUCUAUCAAGUCGUGGUGACGAUCAUAGCUCAGCACACGAAGAAUAUGCUUCUAUUCACGCUUCUUUGCUUGUUUUACGCUACAAUGGUAUUAUACACUGGAAUUCAAUACAAGGAAGUAUCAGAGAAUCUAGAGCUUGUCUCAUCUCCCGCGUGGAGGGCAGCUGCCAAAGGAACUAACAUAGCCGUCAUUGCAGUGUUAGGAUUCACACUUGUGGCCCAGUUUGUGGUGAUUUAUUGUGUUCUUCUCAAAAGCAUGCAAUGGUUCAAGUUCAAAAAGAUUGGUGCGUCAAUUGCGAUCAAGCGCAUGUACACUGUGUUUCAGAUUCACAGAAGUCUCUUGAUAUUUGAUCUCUUUUUCUUUCUUGGCUUCACAGUCCAGUUCAUUGUUGUAAUGGUUGCCGACAAGAAGUCGUUGGAAUUCAUUCUUACGUGCUGCAUGCUCCCACUCACGCUUUUGGUCUUGUUUCUUGCCGAUUUUGCCGCCACCAGAGAGCUUCUUUGGCUCAGUCUCUUCACGUUAUGUUGUCUUGUGGCGGGAGUUGUGUACGUGCUUUUCAAGACUAUUCGCCUUUUUACCAAAUACACAUCGGCUUAUGAUGUCGCUUUGGAACCCGGCUCAUACUUCCCGGGUAGAACCUCGAUGGCCACAUUUGCAGUAAUCACACUUGUGUUUCUUUUCGUCACCAUUGCUUGUGAAGCCUGGCUGGUCUGGAACUACAACCGAGGGCUUCUUCUGGCUGUGAACACAUACUACAGUAGAUUACCGCUUCUGGGAGCAAGGAGUGGAAAGUUGGAGAAAGAUGACCAGCAAUCUAUCCUCAUAGACUAG